UUUUUCGCCAUUGAACAGGGAUGCUACUUCAACUAACCUUUUAUACGUGAAUUUUUGCAGAAGUUUUGUCAAGAGAGCUGCGGGGUCAAAGCUUCAACUCAACAAUCACAACCUUUUGCACCUAAAAAAAUUCAUCUGGAAGACUAGGAGCCUAUUGGAGCUUGCUACUUGGUCGGAAUAUAUUUGUGCGUUUUGCAUUUGUAGUUUGAAGGGAAGAAUGAAUUCCAAAAUCCGAAAUGACGAGCAAAAGAAGCCAAGUUCUGUGCUUCAAAGUGAUGGUGUCUACUUCAAUCGUAUUCUGUCAAGAGAGUCUUCUGUUGGUCAAUCUUCACGUAUAUACUACCGGAGACCUGAGGGAGUUCCCUUUAGAUGGGAGAUGCAGCCCGGGACUCCAAAGAAUCUGCCUGAAGAUGAAGAGCUUCCACCGCUUAGCCCCCCUCCACUAGCUCAAAGCUUGGGGCUGCCUAAGCCUUGUGUUGAUCAACCCAAACAUCCAGAUCACUCCAAGAUCUGGUUUUGGAGAAAAACCAAGAUAAUCUAUAGAAAUAGGAAGGUUAAGAAUCAAACAUCAGUGAGGACAGACGCUGAUGUCCCCGGUUUAAACCAAAAUGGUCAGAUAUUUCAACUUGGUGAUCAAUCUGAUGGAGAUUUUGUAGCGUCAUCUAACAAGUCAUGUACUUCAUCAUCCUCAUCUUCAUAUUCCUCAAACAGUCAAGCCAUGGAGUCAACAAGCAAUCGAAAGGAGUCCGUUGAAGGUCCAUUUUGCUGCAGUCGGUGGGACAAUUCAGCAAUCCUGGAUGAAGGGGACAGGAAGGUGUACUACUGUCGAGUACACGAGACAGCCUUUGCAGCUGAAAAUGAUGGUUCUCUGGUGGGCAACAGAAUUCUUUGCAGGGUUUCUUCUGUGGAUCAGUCUUUUCGUUCGUAUUAUCGAAGUUCUGAAGGGGUUCCCUUCAGAUGGGAAAUGCAGCCAGGGACACCAAAACAUCCACCAGAAAAUGAGCUGAUUCCACCCCCCAGUCCUCCACCAGCAGUUCAGAGUUUGGGACUACCGCUCCCAAAGCUUAAUUUUCACGAGGAGUCAGCGAAAACUACCAAUGGCUUUAAACUGUCAAGAAUGGGGUGGUUUUGGAUCAACAAGAAGAAAAUGCAGAGAACUGAAAAAGUUGGAGAAAUCAGCCUUAGACGUGAUCUUAAUGCAACAGAAUCUUGCUGCUCUGAUGAUAAGGGACCUGAGUGGAGUGAUUGUGAUUCAGUUCCUCGUUCAUCUUCCGCAUCCGCAAUUGUUGUGCCCAAGUCACAUAGUUUAAUGAAAUUGUCAGAACUUAGAAGAGAUCUCUUCAGUAGCAAGUAUUUCUGUUUCAAUCCGCGGAACACAUGAGCAUACAUAAGUAAUAUCAAUUCUCGCAAAUUAACCAGAAUGUAGAUUAAUCUGUCACAUAUAUUGUACACUCUGGACUGCACUUUGAUUUAUUGUAUUAAACGCAUUUUGAGUU